UGGGGCCAGAGAAUGGACAGACAGAGGAAACCACCAUGGAGAAGGGCCAGGAAGAGCCUGAUGACACACAGGGCCCAGGGGAGGUCACCAGGUUGGGCACUCCUGAGGCAGUGCACCGUGAAGGGAACCGUGGGCUGGGUCCACAAGGUGGCUUCCAAGCUCAGGAGGAUGAAGAGGCUGGUGCCAAGAAAGGAGCCUCUGAGGAGCUGCCUGGGGAGGAGCAAAUGGAGGAGCCAAAAGCAGUGUCUGCUCCUGAGAGGGGAAAAGAAGGGGAUGAGCAGAGCUCAGAGGAAGAUGAUGAGCAGGGAGAGUCUGAAGAAGAUAAGCAUGGUGAGUCUGAGGAAGAUGGAGGCAAGGGAGAGUCCAAGGAGGAGGCAAAGUCUAAGGAAGAUGAAAAGACUCAGGAAGAUGGUGCAGGGCCAGUGGGGCCAGAGAAUGGAGAUGAAGGGAGCGACAAGGAAGUGGCCAAUGUGUUCAGCAAAAAGGGCCAUCAGCAAGGCAAAUCAGCAGCUAUCAAUAGGAAGGAAGAAGCCAAGAAUGGCACUGUCAGCUGCCUCCACCCACCCUGUGAGGAUGCAGAAGAAAACCCACCAGCAGCAGCAGACCCACCUGCUGUGGAAGACCCACCAGCAGCAGCAGACCCACCAGCAGUGGAAGAUCCAGCAGCAGCAGACCCACCAGCAGUGGUGGAAAAUCCCCCAGCAGCACCAGACCCUGCUGCAGACAAGGCAUCGGUGGCAGACACAGAGAGCCCAACUGGCCCCAGCUCCCACCCAGCCUCUGCUGAGCUCCAACACCACCAGAUAGAAGAGGUUGAGGAUGCCAGUGAGCCGACCAAACGAGACCGGUCCCACUUGGAAAACACCCUCAAGCUGAAUGAGGACAAACCUGCUGAUGAAGUCUCAGGAGUCCUGCAGCGUCUGAGGAAGAUCUACCACUCUUCCAUCAAGCCCCUGGAGCACUCCUACAGAUACAACGAGCUGAGGCAGCAUGAGAUUACAGAUGGGGAGAUCACUUCCAAGCCCAUGGUGCUAUUCCUGGGACCGUGGAGCGUCGGCAAAUCCUCCAUGAUAAACUACCUCUUGGGGCUGGACGACACUCCCUAUCAGCUCUACACAGGCGCGGAACCCACCACCUCUGAGUUCACUGUCAUCAUGCACGGCCCCAAGCUGAAGACCAUCGAGGGCAUUGUGAUGGCUGCUGACAGCGCCCGCUCCUUCUCGCCCUUGGAGAAGUUUGGGCAGAACUUCUUGGAGAAGCUGAUAGGGAUUGAGGUGCCCCACAAACUGCUGGAGCGAGUCACCUUCGUGGACACUCCGGGCAUCAUCGAAAACCGCAAACAGCAGGAACGAGGUUACCCAUUCAACGACGUAUGUCAGUGGUUCAUUGACAGAGCUGAUCUCAUCUUCGUUGUCUUUGACCCUACGAAGCUGGAUGUGGGCUUGGAGCUGGAGAUGCUGUUCCGUCAGCUGAAGGGCCGUGAGUCCCAGAUCCGAAUCAUCCUGAACAAAGCUGACAGCCUGGCUACCCAGGAGCUCAUGAGAGUCUACGGAGCCUUAUUCUGGAGCCUGGCUCCUCUCAUCAACGUCACAGAGCCACCCAGGGUGUACGUCAGCUCCUUCUGGCCCCAGGAGUACCACCCGGAUACCCACAGAGAGCUGUUCCUCAAAGAAGAGAUCUCACUCCUGGAGGAUCUCAACCAGGUGAUUGAGAACAGGAUGGAGAACAAGAUCGCCUUCAUCCGCCAGCACGCCAUCCGGGUGCGCAUCCACGCCCUGCUGGUCGAUCGCUACCUGCAGACCUACAAGGACAAAAUGACCUUCUUUAGCGAUGGGGAACUGGUGUUCAGGGACAUUGUGGAGGAUCCUGACAAGUUCUUUAUCUUUAAGUCCAUUCUGGCAAAGACCAAUGUCAGCAAAUUUGACCUCCCCAACCGCGAGGCCUACAAGGACUUCUUUGGCAUCAACCCCAUCACCAGCUUUAAGCUGCUGUCUCAGCAGUGUUCCUACAUGGGUGGGUGUUUCCUAGAGAAGAUCGAGAGGGCCAUCACUCGGGAGCUCCCCGAUCUCUUGGGGAGCAUCGGCCUGGGCAAGAAGCCCAACGUCCUCUCCUGCGACGUCACUGGCUGCGGUGAGACCCCAAAGAAUCGCUACAGGAAGCCCUAAGGUGUUGUGUCGUGUAACCCUCCACGUGUUCCUAUGGUGAAUGAGCUUAUGUCUUAUCUGUCCAAGAAGCCGUGGUUUGUUAACCCUUUGAGAGCCACACUGGCAAAGGCUACUGUACGAUGAGGACUUUGAGUCAUUGACAUCGAUGGCAGGGGAAGAUGGGUGGGCAUAAGAAAGAGAAUAAAAACUGUGAAUUCCUGACAUUUUAUCUUUGUUCUUUUGAGUAGAAGGCAAUGUUUAAGCUGUAAGAGUGAGCAAUGCACACUGAGCUUCAACUCUAGCUGCUUUUUCA